GGCUUGACUUUGAGAGCUCUCUUUCACAUUUGGGAAUAUUCGAAUUUUGGGGCUGUCUGAAACCUCUGGAUCCCGUUCUGACCCAACCCUAAAUCGGCCAAUUUGGAUCCUUCCCCUAAUUCUGGAUCUCCAAUUUUCUGUAAUCAUAGGGUGCCUUCGACAUUCACUGAGUAUGAAGUUCUUGGAAUACACCCCGUUGGAACGAUUAAAUGAUUUCUUUAGUCAUUUGAAUCUCGGAGGGCGAACCAUUAAUGGUUGUCUUGAAGCUUACUCUUGUAAACACACGGGAUCGGAUAAGAAAUUGUCUCUCAGUUUGGAGAAUGAGAUUCUUGAUUAUCUUGGGAAAUCUUCGGACACUGACUCUUCCUCACCUGCUGAAUUCCUGCUGACCAGAUCCAGCCGGAAGACAUUGAUUUACCUGGUUUUGACACUCUAUCACUUGUAUCCGGACUAUGACUUCAGUGCAGUAAAUGCUCACCAGUUCUUCACAGAGGAAAGCUGGGACAGUUUUAAGCAAAUGUUCGAUACCUAUAUGUUUGAAGCAUCAAAGGAAUGGACAGAGACCAAUGAGGGCAGUUCCUUGCUGGAAGCUUUGUACAAGGCUUUGGAUGAGGUCGUUAGAUUAGCAGAAUGUGAAGUUUACAGUUACAUUCCCGACUCUGACGCUGAUCCGUUUCUUGAGAGAGGAGCUGUAUGGUCAUUCAACUUCUUUUUCUAUAAUAGAAAACUUAAACGUGUUGUGAGUUUCCGUCUCAGUUGUGAAAGUAACUUGGUGGCUGAUGGGCUGUGCUAUGAGGAAGAUGGAGAAAUUUUUGAUGGCAUGGACAUUUGAGCGCAAUCUGCUGCUGGUCCGUUGGUUAAUAUGUCAAAGAUACUUGACAACCUUUAUGUAGUUAUGUAAAAGCUCUAGGGCCCAUACUCGGAGGCGUGAGAAUUAGGUUUAGCUGUUUCUCGCCAACAUGGAUGUUGUAACUUGUAUCGUAUGUGCGUUAGACUAACGCUAUAUGUAAAUCUGUGUCAAAUUCAAUAAAUUGAAUGUCAGGCUUGCGUGUACAAUGCAUAUCA